AUGUCACUGUCGUAUAUAGCGAGCGACCUUCGGAAGCUGGGGACAAGUGGCUACCUGAGCAGCAUGGAAAGUUCACCUGUCCUCAGCCGCCAGUUCCAGCAGUCCUACGGCUCCAUGGCCCCGUCCUCUGUCCCUUCGUUUCCUCUAGUCUCACCUUCGUCAGCGUUGAAACUAAACGGUCAAUUUCCUUUGACUGUGGACCCCAGAGUAAUGGGUAUUCUACAUAAUUACGCUACUGUCAAUCAACUACCCUGGGCGGCAGCAGCCGCCCUUGGCGUCAGUGAUUUUGCCCUAAACCGCCUCCUGAUGGCGCCCGGAAGUCGACUGAGCCGCCCUAAGAAACGAUACAUCUGCAAAUAUUGCCAGCGAGAGUUCACGAAGAGUUACAACCUGCUGAUCCACGAGAGGACCCACACGGACGAGAGGCCCUUCCCCUGCGACGUCUGCGGCAAGGCCUUCAGGAGGCAGGACCACCUGAGGGACCACAAGUACAUCCACAGCAAGGAGAAGCCCUUCAAGUGCACCGUCUGCAACAAGGGAUUCUGUCAGGCCAGGACUCUGGCCGUGCACAAGGCCCAGCACGCUCAUGAUUCUAGCUCGCCUCCUCCUCCUACAGACGGUCACCCGUCCACAAGAAAACCUCCAGUCACCUCAGCGAUACCAACCCUGAGUGACUCCCACGAAGAGCAUGUGAUUGACGUGUUACGCUGUGACGAUGCAGAAGAAGACGUCGUGGUGCAAGACGAAAAUGUGUUACAGACUGUGACCGAAGAAGAGGCAUUUUUGGCGCCCAAGAGAAGACUAGGUUUUUCUAUAGAGGAUAUAAUGCGGAGAUAA